AUGGGUUCAAAUACUUCUAAAGUGGGUGCUGGUGCCGAACAACAACAAGUAUACACUCCGCUAACACAGAUCGACUUUUCACAGUCCUUAGUUUCUCAAUUGGAUUCAUCGAAGGAAUCAGACUAUGUCACCAAGCAAAAUGCGGAAAAGUUCAUUGAAAAGAAGGUUUCCCAAAGACUUUCUGACCUGGAAGUAGAAACGUUGAAAAAGUUCGAAAACACUUUGAAUAAUUCACUAUUAACGGACGAUGAUAAGGAUGUCGUUGGUGGGGUAUCAUCAAGUUCAUUAAAUGAUCAGAUCGAGUCCUUGAACAAAAAAAUAACCUUAUUUGAUCAGUUAGAGUUACAGAAGCUGGAAAAAUACGGUGGCGCCAAAGGUAAAUGUGAUGACAAGAACGACAAAGGAAAUGUUUCUAUUAAGGCAAAAUUGACUGAGUGUCUUUUGGCCAAUAAGGGUAAACCAUUGAAUUGUUAUGAAGAAAUGGAAGAAUUUAAGAAACUCGUAAUUGGAUGA